AGGCAGGCGACCAAUCAGAUUGUGAUGAAUUGUGCUGAUAUUGAUAUUAUUACAGCUUCAUAUGCACCAGAGGGAGAUGAAGAAAUACAUGCUACAGGAUUUAACUAUCAGAAUGAAGAUGAAAAAGUCACCUUGUCUUUUCCUAGUACUCUCCAAACAGGUACAGGAACCUUAAAGAUAGAUUUUGUUGGUGAGCUGAAUGACAAAAUGAAAGGUUUCUAUAGAAGUAAAUAUACUACCCCUUCUGGCGAGGUGCGCUAUGCUGCUGUCACACAAUUUGAGGCUACUGAUGCCCGGAGAGCUUUUCCUUGUUGGGAUGAGCCUGCCAUCAAAGCAACUUUUGAUAUUUCAUUAGUUGUCCCUAAAGACAGAGUUGCUUUAUCAAAUAUGAAUGUAAUUGAUCGAAAACCAUACCCUGAUGAUGAAAAUUUAGUGGAAGUGAAGUUUGCCAGAACACCUGUUAUGUCUACAUAUCUGGUGGCGUUUGUUGUUGGUGAAUAUGACUUUGUAGAAACAAGGUCAAAAGAUGGUGUUUGUGUCCGUGUUUACACCCCUGUUGGCAAAGCAGAGCAAGGAAAAUUUGCGUUAGAGGUUGCUGCUAAAACCCUGCCUUUUUAUAAGGAUUACUUCAAUGUUCCUUAUCCUCUACCUAAAAUUGAUCUCAUUGCUAUUGCAGACUUUGCAGCUGGUGCCAUGGAGAACUGGGGCCUUGUUACCUAUAGAGAGACUGCAUUGCUAAUUGAUCCCAAAAAUUCCUGUUCUUCAUCACGCCAGUGGGUUGCUCUGGUUGUGGGACAUGAACUCGCCCAUCAAUGGUUUGGAAAUCUUGUUACUAUGGAAUGGUGGACUCACCUUUGGUUAAAUGAAGGCUUCGCUUCCUGGAUUGAGUAUCUGUGUGUAGACCACUGCUUCCCAGAAUAUGAUAUCUGGACUCAGUUUGUUUCUGCUGAUUAUACCCGGGCCCAGGAGCUUGACGCCUUAGAUAACAGUCAUCCAAUUGAAGUCAGUGUGGGCCAUCCUUCUGAGGUUGAUGAGAUAUUUGAUGCCAUAUCCUAUAGCAAAGGUGCAUCUGUCAUCCGAAUGCUGCAUGACUACAUUGGGGAUAAGGACUUUAAGAAAGGAAUGAACAUGUACCUAACAAAAUUCCAACAGAAAAAUGCUGCAACAGAGGAUCUCUGGGAAAGUUUAGAAAAUGCCAGUGGUAAACCCAUAGCUGCUGUGAUGAAUACCUGGACCAAACAAAUGGGAUUUCCCCUCAUUUAUGUGGAAUCAGAGCAGGUAGAAGAUGACAGAGUACUGAGGUUGUCCCAAAGGAAGUUUUGUGCCAGUGGACCAUAUGUUGGAGAAGACUGUCCUCAAUGGAUGGUUCCUAUCACAAUCUCUACUAGUGAAGAUCCUAACCAUGCCAAACUAAAAAUUCUCAUGGACAAACCAGAGAUGAAUGUGGUUUUAAAAAAUGUCAAGCCAGAGGAGUGGGUAAAGCUAAACCUGGGAACAGUUGGGUUUUAUCGGACUCAGUACAGUUCCACCAUGCUGGAAAGUUUAUUACCAGGCAUACGUGACCUUUCUCUGCCCCCAGUGGAUCGACUUGGUUUACAGAAUGACCUCUUCUCCUUGGCUCGAGCUGGAAUCAUUAGCACUGUAGAGGUUCUAAAAGUCAUGGAGGCUUUUGUGAAUGAGCCCAAUUAUACUGUAUGGAGCGACCUGAGCUGUAACCUGGGGAUUCUCUCAACUCUCUUGUCCCACACAGACUUCUAUGAGGAAAUCCAGGAGUUUGUGAAAGAUGUCUUUUCACCUAUAGGGGAGAGACUAGGCUGGGACCCCAAACCUGGAGAAGGUCAUCUCGAUGCACUCCUGAGGGGCUUGGUUCUGGGCAAACUUGGAAAAGCAGGACAUAAAGCAACAUUAGAAGAAGCCCGCCGUCGGUUUAAGGACCAUGUGGAAGGGAAACAGAUCCUUUCUGCUGACCUGAGGAGUCCUGUCUAUCUGACUGUUUUGAAGCAUGGUGAUAGUACUACCCUAGACAUUAUGCUUAAGCUUCACAAACAAGCAGAUAUGCAGGAAGAGAAAAACCGAAUUGAAAGAGUCCUUGGGGCUACUCUUUCACCUGAGCUGAUUCAAAAAGUCCUCACCUUUGCACUUUCAGAAGAGGUACGUCCACAGGACACUGUAUCUGUAAUUGGUGGUGUGGCUGGAGGCAGCAAGCAUGGAAGGAAAGCUGCUUGGAAGUUUAUAAAGGACAACUGGGAAGAGCUUUAUAAUCGCUACCAAGGAGGAUUUUUAAUAUCCAGACUAAUAAAGCUCUCUGUUGAGGGAUUUGCAGUUGACAAAAUGGCUUCAGAGGUUAAGGCUUUCUUUGAGAGUCACCCAGCUCCUUCAGCUGAGCGUACCAUCCAGCAGUGUUGUGAAAAUAUCCUGCUGAAUGCUGCUUGGCUAAAGCGAGACGCAGAAAGCAUCCACCAGUACCUCCUUCAGCGGAAGGCCUCGCCACCCACAGCGUGAACCCAGCGCGCGGCCGUUGCUGCAGUUCUGCUGCUUCGCUGCAGGGAUGAGGUGGAGCAACCGAACAGCUGAUUCAUAUGCCAAGAAUUUGGAGUCUUCUUUCAAACCAGUGGGGGUUGGACAAUGAAUGUAGUUAACUGGUUCCUGCUCACACUCCAGAAUUAAAUUUUAUUGAAAAAAGGAAAAUCAGCAAUUCAGC